AUGUAUACUCUGAGGAAGAGCUUUGCAGAAGCGAGCUCAUGCGGUGUGUGGAUCUCGCUGAACAAAGAGCAAGAGGUCCAGCAAGGACUUGGAGUUCCUUAUCAAGUCGAAGACUUGCGGCGUUUCUGGAGAGAAGUAUCCCGUGAUUGGAAUGCGUUCAAUAGCAACGCAGAUAACAGACACAUGCCAGCAAUCACCCUCAUUGAUGCCAGAGUUCAAGUUGGCUACUUGAAGUAUGACCACCCGCAGAGCCUCCAUUACCCUGAUGCGCCCGGCGCUGCCCGAAAGCACCUAGCCCCGGUCUACAUGAGAAUCUCAACCACAACCCGAGAUCAAAUGUUCACAACUAUAUGGAAAGGUGGAGACAGAAAGUUCACCAACCCUUCACAUGCAGAGCUGAACGGUGGAACAAUCGCAAGGUGCAUCGAUACUGUCAUUCAGCGGGUAGAUCGCAAUACUAAAGAACGUACCAAAGCUUACAACAUCAGACUCAUCAUCAACACCGCUCGUUGUGGAGUGAUGCGUUUCGCUCAGACCGGUACGGGCCACGGGGCAUACCUCCCUCCGGAGACCGAACGACCAGUCCUCCUCGAAACUGCAUUUGUUAGAGAUCGCGCCAGACAGAUGGUCAGCAAUUCAGGAGCUGGGCCCGUACCUUGA